GAAAGAGAGAGUCAGUAAGUCAUGACAAAACCAAAAUCAGAAACUUAUUUAUCUCCAACGACGACGACUACUACUAAUAAAGAAAACAUGAGGUCUGGUUGGUUUUUGUUUCUAAUUGUUAUUCCUGUAUUAACUGCAAUGAUUCUAUACCAAGUUGAUGAGUUUGAUACAGGAUCACUUCCCAAGUCAACUCUAUCUUGGAAACCUGUUAAGGUUUCUAAACACAACGAUCACAUAGUUGAAUCGAGUCACAGAAUCGGUGAAGGCCAAUUGCCUGGUCCAGAAGACUUAGCAUAUGAUUCCGAGACAGGAUUCAUUUACACUGGUUGCAAUGAUGGGUGGAUUCGACGACUCAAGUUAACAACCGAUUCAGAAUCAGAUUUGAAAGUCGAGGAUUGGGUUUAUGUUGGCGGAAGACCACUUGGUAUUGCUUUCGGACCUGAUAAACAACUCAUCGUAGCUGAGUCUGGCAAGGGGUUGAUGAAAGUGACAAAAGAAGGAAAAGUGGAAUUGUUGACUGACGAAGCAGAAGGGUUGAAGUUUAGACUUACAGACGGUGUAGAUGUUGCUGAUGAUGGAGUUAUAUAUUUCACUGAUGCAUCAUCCAAAUACAGCCUAGAUGAUCACAUGUUGGACGUUCUUGAAGGUAGACCUUAUGGACGGUUAAUGAGUUUUGACGCGACCAACUCGGCUAACUCUACCAAAGUACUGGCUCGUGACCUCUACUUUGCUAAUGGAGUUGCAGUCUCUCCAGAAAAUGACUUUGUGGUCUUUUGCGAAACUCCUUUGCGAAGCUGUAGUAGGUAUUAUAUUAAAGGAGAAAAGAUGGGAUCAGUUGACGUUUUCGCCGAUAAUUUGCCAGGGUAUCCUGAUAAUAUUCGCUAUGAUGGAGAAGGACAGUAUUGGAUCGGAUUGGCCUCGGGAAGAACUUUGGUAUCGGAUGUGAUGCUGAGGUACCCAUUUAUUAGGAAAGCUACAGCAAUGUUGUCAAGGUUCGUAAACGUACCGCACAUACUACAGGAUGGAGGAGUUGUAGCUGUGAAUUUGAGUGGAGAAGUUACGGGUCUAUAUACGGAUGCUGGAUUGGCGUCUGUCACUGUGGGGAUCAAAAUCGGCGAUCAACUAUAUUAUGGCUCGCUAGUCCAGACAUACAUUAGCCGGCUUGAUCUCACAAAGCAUGCUCCUGCUGAACGUGACAUUUGAUAUGGUGAAAUGUGUUCUGUGAUUUUUUUUUAAAGGAUAAGAGAGCACUAGAAGUUCAAAUUUUAGCUUUUCUUUCACCAUGAGAUCUUAAGCAAAUCCUGACUUUAGACCCAUCAAUGAUCAGUGAAUAACUCUACACCAUGGAAAAUGUUUUUAAAUGUAAUGGCGUGAUUUUAAAAAUAUAUAGGAAGGUCUUGAAACUGUAUUAAGAUGGAGACAUCUUGAAGGUUCCAAACAGGGACAUCUCACAUUUUGAGAUUUUCAAGUUGUUCAGAAAAUGAAAUUGUAUCUUGACAAUAUACAAGAAAAUCCAUCUUUA